GAACUGCAGGUAUUUCGCCAUUGCUGGAGGAAGGCUUGUGAAUUUCGAUGUUUGGCCGUCAACAAUAAAUUUGAGCAGCGGGAAGCGGAGGAGGUUGAGAGAAAGCCCGUCGGCUGCUCCCUAAACCAGUAGUCACCCCUGUCCCUUCCUGGCGAACACUUUAAUGUGAAUACAGAUCACAUACGGACGAGGCAACCAUGUCCAAUCUCAGCAAAGGCGGCACCAAGAAGGACACCAAAAUGAGGAUACGGGCCUUUCCUAUGACAAUGGAUGAGAAGUAUGUCAACAGCAUCUGGGACCUGCUGAAAAAUGCCAUCCAGGAAAUCCAGAGGAARAACAACAGUGGCCUGAGUUUUGAGGAACUUUACAGGAACGCCUACACAAUGGUGCUUCACAAACAUGGAGAGAAGCUGUACACGGGCCUGCGAGAAGUUGUAACUGAACAUCUUAUCAACAAAGUUCGAGAAGAUGUUCUCAAUUCCCUAAACAAUAACUUCCUUCAAACGUUAAAUCAGGCCUGGAAUGACCAUCAGACAGCAAUGGUGAUGAUCAGAGACAUCCUGAUGUACAUGGACCGGGUGUAUGUACAGCAGAAUAACGUAGAGAACGUCUACAACCUGGGGCUCAUCAUCUUCAGGGAUCAGGUGGUUCGCUAUGGCUGCAUCAGAGACCACCUCCGACAGACGCUGCUGGACAUGAUAGCGCGGGAGAGAAAGGGAGAAGUGGUGGACAGAGGGGCCAUUAGAAAUGCCUGCCAAAUGUUAAUGAUCCUCGGCCUUGAAGGGAGGUCCGUUUAUGAAGAAGACUUUGAGGCUCCUUUCUUAGAAAUGUCUGCAGAAUUUUUCCAGAUGGAGAGCCAAAAGUUCCUCGCAGAAAAUAGUGCCAGUGUGUAUAUAAAGAAGGUAGAAGCCAGAAUUAAUGAGGAGAUUGAGCGGGUAAUGCACUGCCUGGAUAAAUCCACAGAGGAGCCUAUCGUCAAGGUGGUGGAACGUGAGCUCAUUUCCAAACACAUGAAGACCAUUGUAGAGAUGGAGAACUCAGGCCUGGUCCACAUGCUGAAGAACGGCAAGACAGACGAUUUGGCCUGCAUGUACAAACUUUUCAGUCGAGUUCCCAAUGGGCUGAAGACCAUGUGCGAGUGUAUGAGUUCAUACCUACGAGAGCAAGGCAAGGCGCUCGUGUCUGAGGAGGGAGAAGGAAAAAACCCUGUAGAUUAUAUCCAGGGUUUGUUGGACCUUAAAUCCCGCUUUGAUCGUUUCCUCCAAGAGUCUUUCAAUAAUGAUCGACUCUUCAAACAAACUAUUGCUGGUGAUUUUGAGUACUUCCUUAACCUGAACUCCCGUUCCCCUGAAUACCUGUCACUCUUCAUCGACGACAAAUUGAAGAAGGGAGUAAAAGGGCUAACAGAGCAGGAGGUGGAGUCCAUACUGGACAAGGCCAUGGUGCUCUUCCGCUUCAUGCAGGAGAAGGAUGUGUUUGAGAGGUACUACAAGCAGCACCUGGCUCGAAGGUUGCUCACCAACAAGAGUGUCUCUGAUGACUCUGAAAAGAACAUGAUCUCAAAGUUAAAGACUGAGUGUGGCUGUCAGUUUACCUCCAAACUGGAGGGCAUGUUCCGAGACAUGAGCAUCUCCAACACCACCAUGGAUGAGUUUAGACAACAUCUUCAGACAACUGGAGUUUCUCUUGGAGGGGUUGAUCUCACUGUGAGAGUCCUGACCACUGGAUACUGGCCAACACAAUCAGCAACACCCAAGUGCAAUAUCCCUCCUUCACCACGUCACGCAUUUGAAGUAUUUAGAAGGUUUUAUCUUGGUAAGCACAGUGGGAGGCAGCUCACCCUGCAGCAUCAUAUGGGCUCUGCAGAUCUAAACGCUACCUUCUACGGUCCCAUCAAGAAGGAGGAUGGAUCAGAGGUUGGAGUGGGCGGGGCCCAAGUGACAGGCUCAAAUACCAGGAAGCACAUCCUGCAAGUUUCCACUUUUCAGAUGACCAUCCUCAUGCUCUUCAACAACAGAGAGAAGUCCACUUUUGAGGAGAUCCAGCAGGAGACGGAUAUCCCAGAGAGGGAACUGGUGCGAGCGCUGCAGUCUCUGGCCUGUGGGAAACCCACACAGAGAGUUCUCACUAAGGAGCCCAAGUCCAAGGAGAUUGAGAAUGGACACGUGUUUACAGUCAAUGACCAGUUUACCUCUAAACUGCACCGGGUCAAAAUCCAGACAGUGGCUGCUAAACAGGGAGAGUCGGAUCCGGAGAGGAAGGAGACGCGGCAGAAAGUGGACGACGACAGAAAGCACGAGAUUGAAGCUGCUAUUGUUCGCAUCAUGAAGUCUAGAAAGAAGAUGCAGCACAAUGUUCUAGUAGCAGAGGUCACACAGCAGUUGCGAGCACGAUUCCUUCCUAGUCCUGUAGUCAUCAAGAAACGCAUAGAAGGACUCAUUGAAAGAGAAUAUUUGGCAAGAACACCAGAGGACCGCAAAGUAUACACUUACGUAGCGUAACGAGUGAAUUAAUUGAAAGCUAGCAUCAAGUUGAGCUAACCGAGGGCUUUGUUUUUGUGGACUGCAAUGUGUUUGAAUGAACAUGUUAGUGCUGUCGUCAAUGAUUCUGGGAAACACUGGGAAGCCUAAAAUUUCUUCCAUAAAAAUGUGUUUAAAAAAAUGAAAAAUGAAAACAAAAAAAAAACACGCAAGAGAUGGCGAAGUUUUCUAGCAAUAUUAGAUUUCUUCUGCUAAAAGAUGUGCAAGGAGGGAGAAUCUAGUUUUGUAAAAAAAAAAAAGAAAGAAAAAACUAAAAACAAAAACCAAUGUUUCUUCUUGUGGCCUUUGAAGAGAACUGGGUGAGCCUUUUUGCUGGUUUAUUUCACUGUCAAGAACUCAUAAAGCAAACACGAGGCUACGUGGAGACCAAGAAAACAUUUGAACUCACUCCCCUGUUUUAAAUGUCGAUGUGUUCUGUUUGUGUUCGUGGCACAAUAACGGCUGUACAGAUGGUGGACAGUCUCUGCCUUCUCCUCCUAGAGGAUUUUUACACAUAAAGCAAAGAAAGAAGUGUUAGCUGGUACAGACCUGCUUUAUGAUGGCAGGAAAGUACAUUUUGGAGAUUUAAGAAACUGCUCAAGUUGCUUAAGUUAUCUGUUUUGGAGGGAUUAUUUUAUAUAUAAAUACAGUGCACCUCACUCAGCUGAAAUAUAUAAUAAAUGUCAUUUCACCAAGUCUGUACUAGUGUCCAGAGAGAUUAAGGGCUGUUGGUUAAACGUAUUUUUAAUGGGUCAGUCAGGGGAAUAAGACCUAAAACUAAUCAACGCUUGGUUCCUCAUGGCACUUUUUUGUUUGAUUGAAGGCCUGUUGUAUGAUCAGCCAAAAAAAAAAAGUUCUUUUUGAAGGUUUCUCGUGGUGCAGGUUUCAAAGAGGACUUUAUUUUCCUUCUUCUUUUUGAACAGCUGAAGCCAGUUUAGCACCAUGCUCUCUAAUAUGUACAAAUUGUAAAAUAAUUGUACUCACUGCAAUGGUGGAUUGUACAGGGCCUUGUUUUCAUCVUAUUAAAUGUAGAAUUACAGAAAAUUUAACAAA